AUGACUAUUUUACGAGACGCUGGCCUUGGUCAAUUCAUCCACUACGCGAGUGGAGGUAAAUACUUCAAGCAUCCAGAAGAAUCGCCAAACUUCGACACAAGUUUUCUCCGAGAGGUCACCGAUUCAGAGUCUGCAAAACAUGAGGCUCUCGAUAGCCGACCCAUUUCUCGGGAUGGUGCCGCUUCUGCCCUCGAUGUUGACUUGGAGAAAUCACCCACAGCGAAUCGAACGGCGACGAGAUCAAAAGACGGUACUCUCCUAGUCGGAUGGUACUCAGAGGAUGAUGUAGAAAAUCCGCUGAAUUGGAGUCCGCUUAAGAAGUAUAGUGUCGCGCUUAUAAUAUGUCUAUAUACUGUCUCGGUAUAUCUAGGCGCGGCGAUCUUCUCAUCUAGCCAGCCAGGUGUGAUGGAAGACUUUGGUGUUAGUCUGAUCGCCUCAUCGUUAGGAAUGGCUCUUUACAUACUUGCUUAUGGAAUUGGGCCCAUGAUCUUCUCCCCUUUGAGCGAAAUCCCCGCUAUUGGUCGGACGACGCCUUACUUGAUCACUUUCUUCAUCCAUGUUAUCCUCCUCAUUCCGACAUCUCUCGUCGAUAAUUUCGCCGGCUUGCUGGUCUUGAGAUUUCUACUCGGGUUCUUUGGUUCACCGUGCUUAGCAACGUCGGGAGCAUCUUUCCAAGAUAUCUUUCCCGGCGAGCAGAUGACCUACAUUAUCGGCAUCUGGGCAGCUAUAACUUCCUGUGGACCAUCCCUCGGUCCCCUCCUCGCUACUUUUAGCAUCGAGCAUUUCGACUGGCACUGGAGCCAAUGGGAAAUGCUCAUGCUCUCCGGCCCCGUCCUCAUCCUCAUGGUUGCCGCCCUCCCCGAAACUUCCGCAGCCACCAUCCUCCUCCGCCGCGCCCGACGCCUGCGAGCCGCGACCGGCAAUCCUGCCAUAAAAUCGCAGUCGGAGAUCGACCAAUCACACUUGUCUAUCUCUUCCGUCACAUUCAAUGCUCUAGUCAAGCCGUGGGAGAUUAACAUCCUGGAUCCCGCAAUGCUGUUCACGACCUUCUAUACCGGGCUCUUAUACGGCAUCUUCUACACCUUCUUCGAAGCCUUCCCCUUAGUUUACGAGGGCGUCUACCACUUCAGCGCCGGCGGCCUCUCGCUAGCCUUUCUGUCCGUCUUCGUCGCGCAAGUGACCAUCGCACCAUCGUACCUCCUACACUGGCGCUACGUGGUCCACCCCGGCAUCAAAAAGAACGGAAUCAAGCAGCUAGAAGACUUCCUCAAACCCGCGCUAGUAUCCUGUUUCGCGCUGCCGAUCGGGCUGUUCAUCUUCGCAUGGACCUCCCGCGCCUCGGUCCACUGGAUCGUCUCCAUGCUCGGCGUCUCCAUCACCGGUUGCGGCAUGUACGUGACGCUGCAGGUCAUCUUCAUCUACGUGCCGCUGUCGUACCCGAAGUACGCCGCCUCGCUGUUCGCGGCGAAUGCGCUCGCGCGCAGCUUGUUUGCGUUUGCGGCCAUUUUGUAUGCGACGCCGAUGUUUGAGAAGCUCGGGAUUGAUGGGGGCGUGAGCUUGCUGGCGGGCUGUACGGUGCUGUGUUGUGGGGGGAUGUGGGUGCUGUAUUAUUGCGGGCCGUGGUUGAGGGCGCGUUCGAGGUUUGCGGUUGGUUGAGGGCAAGGUCGAAGUUCGCGAUUGGGUGAGUUUUAAUUUUGGGUCAUAAGAAGUUGACGCUGGGGGGGGGUUUUUUUUAGAGAGGAGUGGAGUCGCUACGUUGUUUCGAGAGAGUGCCAUAAUGCUUUUCCUUUGUGCAUUGGUAUGAAGGCAUAGGAGGUUUGUAGAUUGCUGUUUUGGGAUAGAUGGCGUCACCUCAGCUGGUUUAGCGACUUAAUAGAUUGCUCUAAAUAAU